AUUUUUCAACUGUGAAGUUAGAAAUUUGUGAUUUCUUCGAUUGCUACUGCUAUAGAGGUAUAUAAGAGAAAUUUCUGUUGAAUCUGUAAGUGAAAUUUUGACUUGACUUAUCCAAUAACUCCAACGUAAAUUGUAAACUGGAUUACAUCAAAAAAGCCAAAAUUUAAAAUUAAAUUUUAUAAUUUCUUUUCGCAAAACUAUUCAAAAAAAGUUUAUUAAUAUGAGUGGAAAAGAGAAAGGUAAUCAUGUCUACAAAUUGCUUUGCCCCUAUGAUCCUACUUCUCCACUUAUAAACGACUAUAAUGCUGGUGAUUUAGUAUGUUCAAAGUGUGGCCUAGUUGUAGGAGAUCGAGUGAUUGACGUCCAUCAAGAAUGGCGUAUGUUUCAUAAUGAUGAAAAGUCCGAACAACGCAGUCGUGUCGGUGAUCCGGAAAUUAAUCUACUAGGCAAUAAUAAUCUUUCCACCUCACUUGCCUUCCCAAAAAACUUCAAUCGAAAAAUCAAAUCAUCUUUAUUAAAUUCACCGCUAAGCUUUAGUUAUACCGGUAACCGUACUCUACAACCAGCAUUUCGUGCAAUCAAUGAUAUGGCUGAUCGCGUCAAUGCACCAUCUCAUAUCGCUGACCGUGCUUGUGACAUAUACAAACAGGUUCAUGACCUUAAACGUCAUUCAUAUUAUUCGAAUUUUACAAGGGCGGCAUCAUGCUUAUACAUAGCUUGUCGUCAGGAAGGUUCGCCAAGAACAUUAAGGGAAAUAUGUGCAGCUGCUACGGUCGAUAAAAAAGAGCUGGGACGUUGCUAUAUGCUUAUUUUAAAAUUGCUUGGAAUUAGUGCCGGUGGAAUAGAUGGAUCUGACUAUAUGAAUCGUUUCUGUUCCUUUUUAGGUCUUGAUGAAUCGGUGAAAGAUGCAGCAAUACAUAUUUCUGAAAAAACGGUAGAAAUGGAAUUAUGUUCGGGUAGAUCACCAAUAUCCAUUGCUGCUGCUGCAAUUCUAAUGGCUUGCAAGAUUGCAGAUCUUAAUGUUACACAAAAAAGGAUAAGUGAAGUCGCAGGUAUUACUUAUGUUACAGUUAGUGGAUGCUUCAAACUUAUGGUUCCGUAUGCAGAGGAGUUGAUGCCACGAAAUUCUAAAUUUCCAACGCCGACUGGUUAUGAACUGGAAAGGUUACUCGCCAAAAAAGUUAUGUAUGACGAAAAGCCUGGUGAAAUUUUGACAACACAAGAAUCUAUAUUCUCAUCACCAUACGCGGAUAGAGUGGAAAAACUGUUAGCAAAGAACCGAGGUACAGAUCAAUUAUAUGGUAAAGAGCAAGUACCGAUCACCACUAAAAUUCCAAAAACUAAUAUCGAUAAGCUGCACAAACUACUGCAAGAUGAAUAUGGUUCUGCCGAAAACAAUUCUAAAGACAACGUUGGCAAAUCAGUUGAUACACAAAACGACAAAUUACAAGCACAAAAUAUUGGAACUGAUGUAAAAUAUAAUGAAAACUUAAAGACUCAAAACAUGAACUAUUCAACAUUAUACAAAGAGGAGAUGGUAAAGUUGCUUUCACAACAACAACUACAAAUGGGUGUGAAUGAUAAGAGCUUUACGCAGUCAAACACAUUUCAAAAAGAAUAUGCUGAACAUUUGGCUAAAGUACUAAAGCAAAACGGAACUGGUGUAAAGUUGCAAUCGCAGAACUCCAUCACUCCAAAGACAACAACUGUGCAACGAAUCCAGUUCGCGGGAAAGCAGUAUGAAAAUGGCUCAAUGUUUAAUGAGCAGUUAGUAAAACAAACCUGUCAGUGUCCCACACAAUACAAUGAUGAGUUAGCAAAACAAGAGUUAUUGAAGAAGUGGAACUCUGAGGAGAAAACAAAACCUAAGGAGUCCAAAACCAAAUUGCCAUAUGCCGACAUAUUGACGAAAGUAAGAUCAAAAAAAUUCAAUCCAGAAAAUCAAAAUGAUCCAAAUUUAAUAUCGAAAGAAGCUACAAUCUUAAAACGAAGAUCUGACGAAGUAGUUAGGUUCGCUUUGAAAAAAGCAUACAAUGGAGAGGAACAUAAUAGCGGAUUGAAAUCGCAUAGCCCUGACAUCUUAAAAUCAUAUGAUCAAAUAACUAAGUUACCGGCACCCGAUGUCGGUAACUCGGUAGUAAAUGAUGUGAAAUUGAUGUCACAACGAGUGAGUUGCACUCAACAAUAUAAAAUACAACAAAUACAUGAGUUGAGUGAUGGAAAAUACGGUAUAACGUUAAUGCCACAACGUGGUGGUGUAAAAACAAUGUCUACUCACCAAUUUCAAACACCGGAUUCAAACAAUGUGACUGACAAAAAAUCUAGCCAAAACUUUAUACAACAAACCAACUCAUAUACUACAGUUCAGACUGAGCACCAACUCAAAGUUCAAGAACUAAACAAAUUUCACCAUAUUCGGAACAAAUAUGGUGAAAAUAUGACAGUACAAUUGGGUGAGUAUACUCAUAACGCUCAACAACAUAAAACUGAUAUAAAGCACGGUAAUAAAUUUAUCCCACAAAACGUCGGGUAUAUAAGAAGCGUAGGCAAUCAACAACACAAGGUAGCGGGACUAAACGUCCUAACUGAAGGAAAACAUGGCGGGCAAUUUAUGCAACAAUAUCAACAACAUUUGAUACCAGUACGGAAUAGCUCAAGCGAGGAUAAAAAUCGUGAAACAAUACCACAGUCCAGUGGGCACACAAACCCACAAAGUAAUGAACAAUACAAAAUUACGGAACUAAUGAAAACAAACAACAAGCAAUGUAAUAAGUAUUUAACACCGCAAACUGCUCAGAUUUCAAAACCCAUUAACAAUCAAUUACCACAAUCUACCAAGUAUAUAAUAAAACGUAACGGCCAACAGUACAAAAUUCAAGAAAUAAACAGUUCAACUGAAGAGAAGAUGAUUCUACAAGAAUCACCCAGUGGGACCAGAAUCAAAAGCACGGUUCAGUUGAUGCCACCUAGCGAUCAACAACCGAAGAUACCUGCACAAAAGAACGGAUUACGGUGGGAAUAUGUAGGGCAAUUAACAUCACCAAAUACCAUACUAAAUGAUCUGAAUAAAGAAGUAUCUGGUAACAACUUGAAUCCUCAAUGGCCUCAAUGUCUUAAAAUUCCCAAAGGUAAAAUAAUUAAGAUACCAAACCUGUCCUUGAUGACAUCUGAUAAAAAGCUAAUUCCACAAUGCGCUGGAAAUCAAAAAAUCAAUGGGGAACAACAACCUGAGAUGCCAGUCCUGACAAAUGUGACUGUAGUUAAGCCUGAUGAGACGUUGUUACCACAAUUUGAUGAAAAUACAAAAAUCAAUAUGGAACAACAACACAAGUUACAAGUACUAAAUAAUGUUACUGGAGUAAAACGUGAUGAGAACUUGCUAUCACAAAGCGCCGGAAAUACAACAAUCAAUAUGGAACAAAAACACAAACUACCGGUACUAAAUAACUUGACUGAAGUAAAAUCCGAUGGGAAGUUGAUACCACAAGGUAGCGGAAAUGCAACAAUCGAUUGGGAACAACAACACAGGUUACUUGUACUAAAUAAUACUGGAAUAAAAUCUGAUGAAAAGUUGAUACCACAAUUCGCCGAAACUACAAAAAUCAAUUGGGAACAAGAACACAAAGUACCAGUUCUAAAUUAUUUCACUGAAGUAAAAUCCGAAUGAGUUUACUGAAGUACAAGACUCCAGUACUAAAUAAUUUUAGUAUGGUAAAUAGUGGUGAAAAGUUAAAUGGUGAAAGUUUAGUAUUUUCUAUUAAAUAUGAUGACAACAAAAUAAAAUUUGUCCCUUUGUGUCAAAAUACUUAGAAGUCAAUUAUACAAGAAGACAACAUUACUUAAAUUAUCGAUAUAAACUAUAACUAAAAAGCAUCAAAUUAACAGCUAAAAAUGACACUUAAUUGUUAUUAUUUCAUCGU